AUGAAAUGGGUGGUCAGAAGAUGGUGGUGUGCUGGUUCUAAUUUUGGUGGUGAAUGGAUUAAAAUAAAUUAUAAAUUAGAGAAAGAUUCGAUAAAAGCAAUAAGUGGUAAAUUAGGUAUGUCAACUAAUAAUAUAGUUCAUAAUAAAAGUAAACAACAAGUUGAUACAAUACCUCAAUGUACCGCGUCAAGAUUUCAUUCAUGUGGUUGGUGUGAAUUUGGAUGUAAAUAUGACGAGAAACAAAGCGCAGUGAUAACUUGGUUACUGGAUGCAAAGAAUUAA